AUGAGUAGCCGUACUUAUCUUCCCUUCUCACCCUUCUCAUGGCUCAUCGUUCGUCGCGAUGGACCACCAGAACAAUCCAAGACCGACAAGGCUGUGACUAUGGCCAUUGUCUGUGGCAUCUCUGCGCUUUUCCUCGUUCCGCUUGUGUGGUACGUUACUGCGAGAAUCGUCACGGUUCGUAGGGAAAGGGUUGCUAAAGAGACAGCUGCAGAUGUCGAGCAGGUGCAGGGCGUUUAUUAG